AUGGGCGCGGUGUUUUCUCCAUCCGCCAGCCUGGGCGCCGUCUGCGGCCGCGACCGCCACGGCGUCGUCCUCCGGGAUGGGGUCUGCGCCUUUGUCGCCAGCACCUGGGCCUUCCUGCGGGCCAGCCGUGGCUUCUCAGUGAGCUUCGUGCUCGCUUCGUGCAGGGAUGGAGCCGCGACGCACCUGGACCACCCUGUGAGACCACAGUUCGUUGAUCUGCGCCUGCAGCUUGGUCGCCACUUCCGCUUGCUCCCGCAGCUACUUGCGGUAGUGAUCCAGGCGCUGGGCAGCAUGAUCUACAAUCUACACUUGGCUGGCUUUCCCGUGUGGCCUCCCGCGCACGCGCAGCACAGCAGGGUGCUCCUCGUUUGCUUGCUCAUGCUGCUCAGGGUCUGCUGGCGCCAGGGUGCCAUCCCGUACAGUCGACGCUCGCAGCCCGGGCGCGCGGCUGGCCUCAGGCCUCUGGGGGUCGACGCUGCGAAGAAGUCUUGGCGCCGGGCCCUGCGGAUCUGGCGGGUGCCCGCGGGCUCGGACGGCCCGCCCGCGAGCGCCCUGCACCGCCUCAGCUGGCCGCCGCCCCUGAAGCUCAGAGCGGGCUCGGGGGCCUCCCUGGGCUCGCUGGGGGGGCAGCCUGGCCACGCGGGCGGCGGGCGAGCAGGCGUCCCCCCCCCCCUCACAGCGCAGAGCUCCGACGAGGCCGCGGGCGAUGGCGGCCGCUCUGGCCAGUUCCUGGAGGUGGCGGAGGGCCUGCGCAAGACGCUCGAGAACAGCCCGGACUUCGACCUGAGCGCUGGGCAGCGGCAGACGCUGCACGCCUUCAUGCGCGCCGCCAACGCCAAGGCGCACCACCAGGGGGACGCGGCAGACUUCCUGCAGGUGCAGCAGCAGCGGACGGGGCAGCCCGCGGAGUACGGCGACUACGAGUCCCAGGGCGGCGGGGUGGUGUCGACCCUCGAGUCUGUGCUGGACAAGACCAAGGCGCAGCUCGACGAGGCGCGGCAGGAGGAGACCAGGGCCGCGGACACGGCCGCGAAGUACGAGGCCGACCUGAAGGCGGAGAUCAAGAACCUCAAGAGGACGAUGAGCGAACUGAACACCCAGCUGUCGCAGUCGCAGGAGUCGUCUGGGCAGAUGCAGUCGCAGCUCAUCGCGGCUACUGAGCUGCUGAAGGUAUCUGAGGAUCAGCUGAAGGAGAUCGAGGCCGAGUUCAGCGAGAAGAGCCGCAACUACAAGGACCGCGUGGCCAAGCGCUCCGACGAGCUGAUGGCCCUCACCGAGGCCAAGGAGAUCCUGAGCAGCGAGGCCAUGAGCCAGGCCCUGAACGCGGCCGCCCAGGCACCCGAGAAGGCGAGCGGCGUGGCCCCUGGCGCGGACAGCUUCCUGCAGUUCUCCCGGCGCCUCCCGGCGGCGUGCGCCAGGGGCUACCGGCUCGCGCGGCAGGCGGCGGAGCUCGCGGCGCGGCGCUGGGGCCAGCGCGCCGAGGAGGCGGCGCCCGCGCUGUCGCUCCUGGCGCUGCGCUCGCGCUCCCGCGCGCGGGAGGCCGAUCCCUUCGACAAGGUGAAGGACAUGAUCAGCAGCAUGCUGGCGAAGCUGCAGGACCAGCAGAACGAGGAGGCCAAGCACAAGGAGUGGUGCGACAGGGAGAUGAGCAAGAGCGUCCAGUCCCAGAAGGAGAAGCACGACAACAUCCGCAAGCUCACCGACCGCAUCGCCGCCAUGGACGCGGAGCUGGCACAGGUCACCGACGGCAUCAACGUCGUCACCGAGGACCUCGCCGAGAUGUCCGCCUCGAUCAAGUCCGCCACCGAGCUGCGCACGGACGAGCACAACUCCGCGGAGACGGCCGUCACGCAGAGCAGGGAC